AUGAACCGGUUAAAGACUGACCAGCGCAAUAAAGUGAAGAAGUUCUGCCAGUGGACCCAAAAAACGGAAGAUGUCGCGAUAAACUACCUGACCAAGUCAAGCUGGAACGUCGAUGUUGCGACCGAACUGUAUUUCCAAAACCCAAACAUGUUCGAGACGCAAGCUAACGACAAGAAUAAAAUCGAGAAGUUCUUCACGACAUAUGCAAACGACUCACGGGACAACUGCGGAGUGCGCAAAAUCGGGCCCAACGGAGUUCUGCGGCUUCUCAACGACUUGCAGUUGGGACCGAUGGACCGACGCGUUCUUCUACUGGCGCUCAAGCUCAAGGCUGCUACGCAGUGCGAGUUCACCUGGGAAGAAUGGCUGGCAGGGAUGACAGCUCUACGGGUGAGCAGCGCCAAUUCUCUUCGCUCCCGACUCGACCAGCUCGACUCAGAGCUCGACGACGACGGCUCCAAGUUCCGCGAACUCUACAUCUUCACUUUCUCAUACGGCAAGCAGGCGAGCCAACGUAGUCUGGAACUCGAAAAUGCGUUGGCUUACUGGAAUAUUCUUUUCGGCGACCGCUAUCCUGUGCUGAGUAAAUGGGAGGAUUUCUUGCGGAAGGAGCACAAGGCAGCCAUUUCACGCGACACCUGGAACUUGCUUCUCGAUUUCUUGCUCGUUGUUGAACCUGACAUGAGCAACUACGAUGACGACGGUGCCUGGCCUGUUCUUCUGGACCAGUUCGUCGAGUACACUCGCGAAAAACCAGCUGAAGACGCUAAUUGUCCUAAUAUGUAUUGA